AAACGUCUCUUCUCACCUGCCACACAUUCUACUGAUAUUUUUAUUAUUAAUUGACAAGGGUUGUUUCGUGGGUUUCCAUUGAUUGCAGGCUUGCAGCUUUCCCUUUUCUCAAAUCAUGGAAUCCCUCCCUUGCUCCUUCAAUGGGGCCGUCACUAUUGGACUUGGGGUUUUCUUCUUCUUCUACUUCUUCCUCUAUAAGCUGAGGAGGGAUGGCAGAAAAAUGAAACUGCCCCCCGGACCACGUCCAUGGCCUCUCAUAGGAAGUAUCCAUCUCUUGGGAAACCUUCCUCAUCAGUCUCUCACGGUUCUGGCAAAGAAAUACGGAUCCAUUAUGUCUCUCCGUUUGGGCUCCGUCACCACAGUUGUGGUGUCUUCUCCUGCAAUGGCAAAAGAAUUCCUCAAAACGCAUGAUUUGGCCUUUGCAACAAGACCAAACUGUACACUGGGGAAACACUUAUGCUAUGAUCAUAAUAACGUGUCGUUUGCCCCCUAUGGAGCACCCUGGAGGCAAGUGAGAAAGCUGUGCACGGUGGAGCUGCUCACAGUGAAGAGAAUCAAUUCUUUCAGAUUCGUGAGAGAGGACGAAGUGUCUGCCAUGAUCGCCUCCAUCUGGCAGGAAAGCGGGCGCGGAGCGCACUCUGUGGAUUUGAAAAAGAGUCUCUCCUCCAUUACUCGAAAUAUUACCUGCAGAAUGUUUGCCAGCACGACCUACUCCGACAGCGACUUGAAUGGAGGGCAUGGCUUCAAAGAAAUGGUUGAAGAGAUGUUUUCUGUGGCCGGGGUAUUUUGCGUUGGUGAUUUCGUUCCUUAUCUCGACUGGAUCGACUUCCAAGGCAUCCGCCGUCGCAUGCAGGCUGUUCACAAAAUAUUCGAUGGAUUUGCAGAGAAGGUAAUCGAAGAGCACAUUCAUCGUAGAUUGGGAGAAGGAAAAUCGAAGGAAGAAGAUCGCGUUAAAGAUAUGGUAGACGUGCUGCUCGACAUGGCCGAGACGGAGGGACAAACAAUCUCACGGGUCCAGAUCAAAGGGAUAAUCUUGGACAUGUUAGAUGCGGGAAUCGAAACAUCGUCGACAACAAUAGAAUGGGCCAUGAGUGAGCUCCUGAAGAAUCGUGCAACGCUGGAUCGAGCACAGAAAGAGAUUGAAUCUGCAAUAGGCAGAGACCGCCUAGUAAAGGAGAGUGACGUCAUGAGCUUCGACUAUCUACAAUGCGUAGUGAAGGAAACUUUCCGACUUCAUCCGCCGUUUCCUCUUCUCAUUCCGCAUGAAUCGAUGGAAGGCUGCAGUGUUGGAGGAUAUUUCAUUCCGCCAAAGACACGCUUGUAUGUGAAUGUGUGGGCGAUAGGAAGGGCUGAAAACGUUUGGGAAGAUGCUCAUCAGUUCAAGCCCGAGCGGUUUAUGGGGUGUAAUAAGGAUGUGAGAGGUCAGGAUUUUGAUUUGCUGCCAUUCGGAACAGGAAGAAGAGGGUGCCCUGGAAUUUCCAUGGGUCUUUCUGUUGUUGAGUUGGCACUUGCUCAGCUUCUUCAUUGCUUUGACUGGAGUGUGCAGGGCGAGGUGGAUAUGGCGGAAGAGUUUGGAUUAACUGUACCCAGAAAAACUCCACUGCUUGUCAGCCCUUCAUGGAGGCUGACAGCUGACUAUCCUACCUAAGAGACUCUUGUCUGAUAGGUGUCUUUGCAUGGCUAUUAUUGUCCGAUUUCUGUUGCACUCCUGCACAGCAUUUAAGAAGUUUUUCCCAUUGUCUUAUCUAUAAUUAGCUCAUCUACCUAAGAGACUCUUGUCUGAUAGGUGUCUUUGCAUGGCUAUUAUUGUCCGAUUUCUGUUGCACUCCUGCACAGCAUUUAAGAAGUUUUUCCCAUUGUCUUAUCUAUAAUUAGCUCAUUUGUGUCGCCUAGUCGACAGCUCCUCAAUCUCCGAACUCAUAUAUAUCUGAUGGAGAAGAAAACCCACUAAAACAUGUAUGGAAUGGUUACGCAACAACUUCAUUUAUAUUAGUUACCUAGUAAGAAGGUUUGUCAAGAGGAAAGUGUGUAGAACAAGUUGGUCAAAAGGCAUCAAAUUGUUAAGGAAUUCAGUAGUUUUUUAUUAAUUAGGGGAUUAGAAUUUUAUAAUGUUAAUUUUGUAACCGUGGUAUUAAGUGUGUGAUAUUAUUAUUUUGGUUUAAAAUUAUAUUUUGAAAAGUUAUAUCAAAUUUGUCAUGGAUGACUUUGAGAUAUCAAAAUAAAUAUAUAAUUAGUAUUCA